AUGACGACGAUAGACGGCGUCGACACUUACGUCACCUUACCCGCAGCGGGCAAGUAUGACGAGACCUUGGCCGUCCUCUUUCUCGGUCAGUUUCACGGCGAAGACGAGGGGAACGUGCGGCGGGGGGUUUCUGAUUAUAUCGAUUCAAUGUUAUGUUGCAGGUGAUAUCUAUGGAAUCUAUUCUAACGCCCAGGUCAGUGCGCUGACCUUGUGACUUCGUCGACAACCUGUCUGCCUCGAGCUGUGUGCGCCCGAGCUGAUCAACAUUUUCGACUCACCCCACAGCUCAUAUGCGAUAGCUUUGCGGAUAAUGGCUACGCCACGUAUUUCCGUAAGCAAAGGCGAUAUGGUGCGCAAGGGAUACGUCGAAGACCAAGACCUUUCGCUUUCGCAUUGCAGCCGACUACCUCAACAAAGACCCCGUUCCAAUUGAGGAGAUGAACGCCGGUCGCUUCGACCUCGGAGCUUGGGUAGGGCAACUCCUCUCCAUGUCGUAGUGUACAUGCGGAGAGCUCAUCACAUCGAACUAUCCAAAUAACAGAGCAAGAAUCACACCGAGGUACAUACUCGCCCCACGCUCGACAAGGUCAUUGCUGCGCUCAAGAAGCAAGGCGUCACAAAAUUCGCAUGCACAGGUUACUGCUUCGGGUCCGUCGCUUCCCUUUCGAGAUAGAGCAUUGCACUAAGCGGCUGGCCCGUGCGUUUUGCCAUUGUUUACAGUGGUAAAUACGCCGUCGCAUUGGCAGUGGACAACGUCGUUACCUGCGCUGUUGCGGCUCACCCCUCGGGCAUCAGAGUUCCCGACGACCUCGAUCUCUUGCGGGAGAAGAGUAAAGCCCCUCUCUUAAUCAAUGCGUGUGAGACAGACCGUACCGUGAGUCCACAUCCCCACCCAUGGUGAUGAGUCUCAUAAACGUUCUUAUGCUGAUCAGAAGGUCAUCAUCUUACCCACGCCGACAGUGGCCGCGCGAUCAGCAAGACAAAGCCGAGGAGAUGAUGGGCGGAGGGCGAUACGCUCCAGGCUGGAAGCAGAACUACUACCCCGGCUGCACGCACGGUUUCGCCGUCCGAGGCGACAUCACGGACCAGAGGAUCAAGUUCGGCAAAGAAGAUUCGUUCAAACAGACCGUUGCAUGGUUCAACAAGUACGCCAAGUAA